AGAAGCCAUAUGGGAACAAUUUAUGAUUCACAAUACAUAAUUUGUCAUGAUUAAGGCUACAAACGAGCUAAUUUAAACCGAAUUUUAGAAUGUUCAGAUUUGUUUGUUACUUAGUUCUUAGCGAACUUUGAGCUCGAACGGAAUGAAAAUCUUGUUACACAUGUCAAUGUAUUUAAAGCAAUAUUGCACGCAAGCAGCUCAUAUGCGCACUCAAUGAGAGAGCAAUAGUUAUUUAAACUUAUUUUCUAUAAAGAGAAAGUAUGGCUGGAGCCUUGUUGUCCUCUUUUCUCUCUUUGGCAAGUGUGUUUUUAUGAAGAUUUUCUUCUUUUCUUUGCUGCGAUCCAUAUAGAUUUCUUACUGUAACUAUCCACUGAAUGAAUUAGGUGAGUUAAUUGUGGUCAAUUAAUACACAAGCGAUCUUAUUAGAUUCCAAUGCCCUUGAGAGAUUUUAUAAAUUUGAAUAGAUAUUACAGCAAGUAAUUAACUGGGUAAUUAAAUAUGCUUGGUGAAGUCCAACAAAAUCCCCACAUUCAGUUUUCAUCAUUGCAAAAUGGCGGAGCUAGAUUGGGAUUUGUGGGCUGUGGUGAGAAGUUGCAACAGUCCUGCUGCCGCGGCGAAGCCUAUUACCGCACAAGAAGAACCCGUUACAGUUGCUUUCGAACAAAAUGAUAACACUUUUGGGAGAAGAUCAUACGAUGGCUUUGAGGAAUUACAAGAAGUUUACAAAACUUUCAUUACAAACUCCCAAGCCACCAUCGACCCAAAUACCAGUAGUCCCACUUCUUCUGUUUCUCUAUCUGAUGGAUCCAAUCACCAGAAACAACCACCACCAUCGUUGCAGCCACAUGUCAAACAUAUUAGCAAUCCCAUAGACUCAUAUGGGUAUGAGAGGAAGAGGAGUCACCGGACAGCGGUGGUGGAAGUGGAGGCGGAAAAUCUCGUGGAGGUGGAUCCUUGGAACUGGCGUAAAUAUGGUAGGAAGCCAAUCAAGACAUCGCCGUAUCCGAGAAACUACUACAAGUGUAGUAGUGAGGGAAGCAAAUGUCCGGCGAAGAAAUAUGUGGAGAAGAGUAAGGUUGAUCCGGAGAAGGUCAUCGUAUCUUACAGUGGCGAGCAUAAUCACUCUCCUCCUCGUAAGUAAGCUCGUCCGAACACACUGAGUUAUUAAAAAAAAAAACUAAUCACUUUCCCACGGUCACCGUCUACAUUUUACUCUGCCUUUCACCGGUAGCACUUUUUGAUGGACCGGAAAAGUGAAGUAAAUUUCAUUCUUUAAUUAGUUUCCUUCUUCCUGUUUUGGUUUGGGAUUUUGUAUAGGAAAAAAAUCCGAUUAUCC